AUGGACAGUGAUAGCGACCUGGAAGUACUUACACCUCCAGAAAUGAGGGAGGAUUUAUACGAAGAUGUAGAUUAUGGAAUACUAUCCCCACAGACCAAAAUCAAAGUUAAAGUAAAUCCAUCAGGCAUUGUGAUAUUGAGGGCAGAUGUCCAAUCAGACUACAACAGAAGGAUACCAUUCUUCACAACGCAGCGGACUGUCUACAACCCUUUAAAUCAGGUCUUCAGGGUGCGGGAUAAUAGGUUCAAAUAGGUUAGGUAAAUUAUUACCUCAGUGAAUCAAGUUUCAGUUGUAAUAGACUGCAAUUUAAUUACAAAACUUACAAAAAAGAACGAUCGAUUCCUUAAUCUAAGCUGUAAUGGUAUUUAUUUUUGCCAAUUGUGAUUGUUACUGAUAGUCCUCUCACGUUUUUUGUUAAUCUUGUACAAGAAACUGUCCCUUCCAACCUGUCUCCUGAAAAAUCAUGUUUCAAUCAAUAUGUGAUAUUCGUUAGAUAGUUGAAGAUUCAAUCAACUUCAUGAAUUUGUUAUUUUUUUGUAAUACUGGAGGUAUUGGCAAUCAACUUUAUCUGAUCUUCAAAAAUAUGAUUUGUGUUAAUAUACCUAAUUGUAGUUUAAAUAGAAAUUUCAAAGUAACAACAAGUCGAGAAUGUUACACACGAAUCUGUGUUAGUGGUGAGUGUCACCCCAUGAGUGCUAAGUAGUAUUUCAACUCGAUUUUUUUUUUAUAUAAUUCCUCUUGGAUUCCAAUCUUUUCCCUUUAGAUUAUUGAGUAUAGGUAGAUGCCAGAGUAAACAACACAGUGCACUGUGCAUUCACUUUCUGAUAACAUGAAGAAAUUAUGUCCUUUCAUCAUUUGAUAAUCUAUGAGGAAACAUUAUUCAAGAAGGCAUAUGGGAAUAGUUUUCAUUCAUCAUUUGAUGAUUUGGAACGAACAUUGGAAAUAACUACUCACUUAUAUUACUAACCUGGAUAUGAUUAAUUAUUGAAGAAAAAGGAAUGUAAAGUAUUAACGUUAAAUUGAAAUUGAGUACCGUCACAACGUCUGGUAAUAUUUCAUAUUUGCUGUACACUCGUCUUUAGAGAACAUCGAAAGUGGACGGUGUUAGCUCUCUUAAUCAGUACUGCAAUUAGAGCGCGACAUGUUCUCUGAAGAUGAGUGUACUUUGAUAUAAGAAGUAAGGUAAAUAUGAUUGUUUGCCAAUGACUAAGAAGUAAGGUAAAUAUGAUUGCUUGACAAUGACUAAGCAGCAAAUCAAGGAGACAAUCGACAUAGGUAAGCAACUAGGAAAUCUGUUCAAUCGUUCAUUGUACGCAAAGGCGUAUUUAGAUGGUCAGUUGAAUGAAAUUGACAACUUACAGUAGUAGUCAUAAAAAAUUGAAAUAUCAUACCAGUUCUGCUCGAUUUUCAUUUUAUGAAAUAUGUAUGUAAAGUCUGUCCUGCUUCAAGAGUAACCAAGGUUGUAUUCAGGAGUUUAGAAUUACCUAUCAGGCAGUUCAUGAAUCAUUGGUGAAUCAUCAUGUCAUGUUUUAUUGUUAUUGAAAAAUAAACAGAUAUCAAUGAACGAUCUUAUACAUGUUUGGAUAUUAAAGCAUAUAGUAUAUUUUACGGGCACAUAUUUUAUGUAGCAAUUGUUAGCAAUAAUGUAUAUUUCGAGCAUAAAAGAGAGGAAGAAUUCAAAUGAAGUAUUUCGACAAUGAGAAACUUCCAAAUUGAAUUCUGGCAUGUUAGCACAUCAGAAAUAGUGGAUAAAUUGACAUACAAAGCGCUCAAAAAAUAAUGAGUCGAGAUAUCAAUUUUGGGCAUUCAUUUCUUUCAAUAUUUGAAAAUACAUUUCUAUCCAGAAGACUCUAGGUUUCAAUGGUUCGUGAUACAGACUCUGAACUUCAGAUUAUCAGAUCUUCAUAAAAUUGUGUGUUGGACAUUUGAAACAUGUGGAAAUAUAGAGUUCAGCGUUGGUCUUUGAUCAAAAUUAGUGUAAAAUUUUACAUGACGAACUUUAGAAAUGUUGAUGACUACUACCAUUGGAGAAGUAGUUUUAAAACUCCUGGUAGAAUAGGAACUAAGUUUUCAUGGAAAAGAUGUCUGAUAUAGAUUCUUCAUUUUUGGAGAUACCUAUAUAUGUUUCAUCAUGAUCGAGAGCUACAGAAAAUACCUGGUUAAUUACUCUUGAAACGAGACAAACUCUAUAUUGUUGACAGCUUUAAAUAAAAGUCAGUGGUUUGUCAAUUUUUUCGUGAUAAAUUGGAAAAUAUUAGAUAUUCCAUGUGGUAUUAUUUAAAAUUAUAAAUUACGGAAUCCAAAAGCACUAAUGGAUAUGUUAUCAUAGGUUUCCACACUGUAUUUCUAGUUAUUUGUGCAAAUAGUACACAGGAGUUGAAUUUGAAAUUCGUUUUUUUUUCUGUUUUUGCAAACAUUCAUAUCACUGACGAGACUUUAUGAAAAAUAUAUCUCAGUAUCAUUGAUUGUAAUUCAUGUUAAUUCAUAUAAAAAAUGGCAUAUUCACCAAUCAAAUUUAAUUUUCAAUAAACUCAUUUGAACCAU